GCUCGGCCAGACGGCGCCGGGGCCGCCCUGGCAGCUCCUGGUGGAGAGCAUGGGCGUCAGCAUCUACCGGCUGUACGACGAGCAAUCAGGACUUUAUGAGUAUAAAAUCUUUGGUGGUCUUGCUGACUGUCCCCCAAAACUCUGUGCAGAUGUCUAUAUGGACUUAGAGUUCAGAAAACAGUGGGAUCAGUAUGUUAAAGAGCUGUAUGAGAAAACGUAUGAUGGUGAAAAGAUAAUCUACUGGGAAGUGAAGUACCCUUUUCCUCUCUCAAACAGAGAUUAUGUCUAUAUUCGUGAAUGUCAAGAGAUGGAUGUUGAUGGGCGGAAGAUCUGGGUUGUGUUAGCUCAAAGUGUGUCUGUUCCUCAGUGCCCUGAAAAGCCUGGGAUUAUCAGAGUUAAAAGUUAUAAACAAAGUCUAGCAAUUGAAAGCGAUGGCAAGACUGGAUCUAGAGUCUAUAUGUACUACUUUGAUAAUCCUGGUGGCAUGAUUCCAUCGUGGCUGGUCAACUGGGCUGCCAAGUUUCUCAUGUUUAAAACUGGCUGAGCUGAGCAGGUCACAAUGGCAGGCUGAUGUCCUGUGCUGUUUUAUUUCUAAAGCGCUUCUGAAGAAUAAGUUGGAUUCAUGAGAAUUAAGUGGGAUUCCAUGUGUUCUGACAGCAAACUUCUUAGCAGUUCAGGCUUCUUUUUAAGAGUCUGACUUGGAGAAUGUAACUGAAUUGGACAUUACGGUACAAGACCACUCUCAGUCCACUCUGAAUUCAGUUGUUGCAACAUUUUUAUUUUUCAUCUAAUUUUCUUCAUUUUCUCCAACUAUUCCAUACUUUGUUGUUUCUUUAAUAGAAGAGGAAGUAUUUUGUAUUUAUAAAUACCUGAUUGCUUCCUUGUCAUUCUUACAGCUACUUGUCAGCAAGACAUAGUAUGCAUUUGUCUGCAUUGGGCUGAAACAUUAAGACUGAGCAUUCAAGGGGCUGAAUGGUUCCAUUGUCAGUCUUGCUGAAAACUUCAUUUCUUACAGACCUCACACUGAGACUGUAGAAUACAUGGCAUUUGCUCACGUACCCUUAUUAGAAGCCAUUGCACAGGCAGCUUCUUGUGCUGUACACAACUUUCUAGAUUAAAAUUCACAUUCAAUUAAACAGUAGCUACUGGAAACAGCUUUUCUUUUAUUCACACUAAGCAGUGAAGUGAAAUGAACAUAACAUCAGAUUUUAUGUUAAAUUUAUGCCCCCGUUGUCUUUCAUAGUGAUAUAAAUGUGUAGUGGCACUUCAUUCAGUUUAUUCAAGCAUUGGUUCUUUCACCUAUCUCGUAUUGCCAGGGAAGAAAAAGCUGUUGCAGCUUUGUGUGCUGUGACUUCUUGUCCAAAUGACAAAGAAAAAAAAGUGUUGGUAUUGUGAAGUCUUCAGAUGCAGAAGACAAAAACAUUAUAUAGCUUUAUUCAUAACUGAUUAAGUUUUGAUUUUGUAUAAAUUAUACCUAUGUUAUGAAGAAAAAAGAAGUUCAUUUUUGACAUUAUUGCUCACCUCCUGUUUCCAUGAGGAUUGAUACUGGGCAAUGUGCAGCACUUUGUCCUGCCAAAAUGUGUAUGAGAAAAUGGAUAGCCCUCCACCCUUCAAGUUGUUAUUUCACGACUCUGACAGCAAAUGGCUUUGUUGUAGCAGAGUGAAUAUAAACCAUUCUUCCACAUCAUAUUCUAGUCAUUCAAAUCCAUUCUUUCCAUAUGAUCUCUGUAAACUAUUGUAUUUGAGAUGGAAGGUUAAGUAAAGGAAAGAUUCUGAGUAACCCAAAGUCAAUACAGUGAAUGAUGUCAGAUGUGCAGUCACUAGUUCUGCCUCUCAGAAGAUGAUGCAUAAAGGGAAACACAAGUUGUCUUUGCUCAGGAAACAUCUGGUUGAUAUUUUAUUUCUCAAGCAGGUCAUUGGUUUUUUAUAAUUGAGUGGAACAGAAAAAUGUGGGAAGACGGGGGUAGAUGUAGAUUUCUGGUAUUAAUGCUCACCAGUAGGCCACUUAC